AAGGCAACAAACUGCUGUAGCCAAAAAGGAAACAAAAUCCUUGAGGGCCGCAGCGAGUUUCGUUUGUUGUGCAACUUUUGGGGGCAAACACAGCGAACACACCAUAUCAUUUCCCCCGGACAAACGAGCCUUUGUGGAACGUGAGUGCUAAUUAAAAACCGUUUCUGUAAUCCAGAGCCACGAAACUUCCUGCAUAUCCCGCACAAAACCGAAAAGCCAACGAAGCGCCAAGCGACGAUGCCGUUUUUAUAGACCUUUUUCUAAGCAGACGCAAUCGAGAUUCGACCGGAGAUAGUGGAGAUAGCGGUGGAGAAAGCGGAGCCGAGGCGCCAGUGAAAGUGCCAUCUGGCCAAUCAAGACGGCCGGAUUGGAUGAUGGCCGCCGGCGGUCGGAUUCGCAAGCGAAAGCAUAAAACCCAUACAAGUGGCGACACUGACAACGACAACGACAACGCGACAAUGGCGCCGGGAAAAGUCGAGGAGACGGCCGAGGAUUAUAAUAAUUUCACGCAUAAUUUCGUCGAUUUGCAGAACCUCUUGAGUUUCAACGAACUGAAUGGCAGUAGCAGCAGCGGCAUCAGUAGCUCCUCGAGCGCAUCGAGUGCCAUCAAGCUGAGUAACGGCGCCAUUACGGACACUCUGCUCGGCACCGUCCUGACCACCACGGUGGCUCCGGCGGCCAGCUCUUUGAUAGCCACCCUGGCGGUGGCCACCACCUCCUCCUCGGCCUCCGCCUCGCUGAGGGGCAGGGCACCGGCCAUCGCGGACGCCACCUCGGCCACCUACUACGCCAACUUGCUGAACCUGUCGCCGGCCACCACGAGUCUCAUUUCGGCGGCGGCGGCGGCCACCAAGUCGUACAAUGACAGCGCCCUGCGAUGGGAGCAGCUGGACGGGAGCGUGGACUUCGGAUUCGACCCCCUGUACCGGCACUCGCUGGCCAUGUCCGUGGUCUACUGCGUGGCCUACAUCGUGGUCUUCCUGGUGGGACUCGUGGGCAACAGCUUCGUGAUCGCCGUCGUCCUGCGGGCGCCUCGCAUGCGAACCGUGACGAACUACUUCAUCGUGAACCUGGCCAUUGCGGACAUCCUGGUCAUCGUCUUCUGCCUGCCAGCCACUCUGAUUGGCAACAUCUUCGUGCCCUGGAUGCUCGGAUGGCUGAUGUGCAAGUUUGUGCCCUACAUACAGGGUGUCUCCGUGGCAGCCUCGGUUUACAGCCUAAUUGCCGUCUCCCUGGACAGGUUCAUUGCCAUCUGGUGGCCGCUGCGGCAGAUGACGAAGCGACGUGCCCGCAUCAUGAUAAUCGGCAUAUGGGUAAUCGCCCUGGUGACCACCAUUCCCUGGCUGCUCUUCUUCGACCUGGUGCCCGCCGAGGAGGUGUUCUCCGAUGCCCUCGUCUCCUCCUACUCGCAGCCACAGUUCCUCUGCCAGGAGGUCUGGCCACCGGGCACCGAUGGCAACCUCUACUUCCUGCUGGCCAAUCUGGUGGCCUGCUACCUGCUGCCCAUGUCGCUGAUCACCCUGUGCUACGUGCUCAUCUGGAUCAAGGUCUCCACGCGGUCCAUUCCCGGCGAGUCGAAGGACGCCCAGAUGGACCGCAUGCAGCAGAAGAGCAAGGUGAAGGUCAUCAAGAUGCUCGUGGCCGUCGUCAUCCUGUUCGUCCUCUCCUGGCUGCCGCUCUACGUCAUCUUCGCCCGGAUCAAGUUCGGAUCGGACAUCUCGCAGGAGGAGUUCGAGAUCCUCAAGAAGGUCAUGCCGGUGGCCCAGUGGCUCGGCUCCUCCAACAGCUGCAUCAACCCGAUCCUCUACUCGGUGAACAAGAAGUACCGCCGCGGCUUCGCCGCCAUCAUCAAGUCCAGGAGCUGCUGCGGUCGCCUCAGGUACUACGACAACGUGGCCAUUGCGUCGAGCACGACGAGCACCAGGAAGUCGUCGCACUACCACCAGAACAGCUCGCGGAAGAGCCCGAGCAGCAAGGGCAACGCGGUGUCCUACAUCUACGAGCACAACUCGCUGCGGCGCCACAACAUGAUGCUCAAGCAGGACAGCAACCUGUCGCAGCAGAUGCUGCUCAAGCAGGACUCGCACGGCUCGCGUCAGUUCCUCAUCAAGCAGGAGAGCUCCUGCAGCGACGCCUCCGGAAUUCGGCGACCUCUUUGCCAGCAGGACAGCAACGGAUCCAAGGUGUCGCUGUCCAAGCAGGACUCGAUCGUGUCCUACAUGGAGGCGCGUCGGGCGGCGGGUCACGGCCUAAAUGACUCACUAGUGGACUCUGCUCCGGUGGAGGCCACCCGGCGACCGGGUGCCACCCCGAGCUCCCUGCUCGACAAGCGGCAGAAGUUCGUGAAGCAGGACUCGGUGAUCUCGUUCGUGGACCAGCGGCCGGAGCAGCGACGCCACCAGCUGGUCAAGCAGGACUCGGUGAUCUCCUUCGCCGACCAGCGACGCGGUCUGCUCCACAAGCAGGACUCGCUGAUGGCCAACCGGACGGGUGACGCCCCCACCCACCACGUCUCCAUUCUGAAGAAGACCGACUCGCAGCUCAGCUACGGAAGCUCCACUUCUCCGCGCAGGAAUGCGGAUCUCUACGAAUAAGCAACCUCGGGUUGAACGAACUCCUAAAGCCGGCGGCAACCGUCUGCCAUUCGGGUUGAUUUUCGUGGCUAGUCCCAGGGGUUCCUGCCAUCUAUGGGCACCAUUAUAUUUACGUUCUUAACUUUUAUUUUAACCAAAUAAUAGGUAGCCCUGAAUCGAACAUAGAUCACACAACCCCUGAGAUUAUGAGCCCCGCAAAUCGACCCAUCGCAACAAACAAACUAACGCAACGAUACCAAAAACUUACCGAACCACAGAGCAAAUCCGUGUAUAUUUCUAUUUAGCAUCUAGAAGGAAAAGGAUCGAAUGGGGGCAGAGUGAUAGAUGAUAGAUAGAUAGGCCUACGACUGUGAUACAAGUCGGCAGUGCUGGUGGGUUCAGAACUUGGGCUAUGGUGCCAGUAGACGGACAUCGGGAUGGACCAAUUGGGUGGGUAUAUCUAAUCAGAGAUCGCUUAGCUAGAGACGACACGCCACACAGAGGACACCGGACACGGAACACGGGAAACAGGACACGAGAGCCAGGACUUCGCCACACCACAGACACUCCCCACAGACCUAAUAGUUAUUAGAUGUUUUAUACGUGUUUCAAAGGUACUACACACACGAGAUAUGAACUACUCCUUGGCUAUGGCUAUAAAAUACCUAUAUAUAUGUACCGUUACGCAGUUUUAAGAUUGUUUGUACUCGCAAUUUGCUAUAUCGAACAGUUUGGUUAAGAAUAGGUGGAAUACGGGAAACGGGAAUCGGGAUUCGGGAAUCGAAGGGGUUAAAAUAGCUUUGCUAAAACUUUUUGUACGACGGCGUGCACGAACGUGAGUGAAACGGGCAAGUCCAGUAUCAUAGUUGAGAAACGAAACAAAACAAAAUGAGAUAACACCGAGGUCUAAAGUAACGUACCUACUAAAUUUUUGUAUGGAAAUUCUUACAAUUUAUACAUAUAUAUUUAUAUUGAUUUUGGAAUAAG